AUGACGCCCACGACCCAAGGCUCGCAACUUGCCGAGUCGACGCCGCAAAUCGACUUGCCCCAGCGCAUGGAUGCACCGCUCAUGAUGAACACGCCCGCGCGGGUGCCCAGCAUGACAAGGGAUGCCCGCGUCCGCCUGAAUGUGUUUUCUGCGCGCGCGCUCGCCCGCCGAAAGCUCGCGGCGUCGCCACUGACCAGUGGCAACAACUACAGCAGCAUCAACUUGGACAAACCAAAAGAAACGGCCGUCGAGGCGAAGCGACUGAAGGACUUUGCCAUGCUGGCAGCAUCAAGCAAGCGGGCUGGCCGAGUAGAGCAAGAGGCGCUGGCGUAUUUUUGCAUGGGCAUUGUUCAUGACAACGUGGACGACUUCGACGUUGCUAUUGACGUGUACAAGAAAGCGCUUGCCUUGCUCGAGAACUCGGACAACUUGUCGUUCCGCGCGCUCGUGAUGUCAUGCAUUGGCGUAGACUACCAGUUGAGCUCGUCGGGGGCCGUCGCGUACACCGGUCGAUUCGUGGAUCCCGACAGCGCGGCGCUUCAAGCAGCUCUCACAUGCCACCAGCACCACGCCGAUAUGAACGUUGACGAUGCCGGGCAGUUUGUCGCGCACACAAACGUCGGGCUCACGCUGGGUAGCCUCGGCCGGGCUGCCGAAGCUGCCAAGCACCACCAAGAAGCGCUGCGGGUGGCCAUUCGACUCAACAGCGCGUAUGGUCAGAGUCUGGCGGUGGGCAACCUCGGCCUCUUGGCCAGUCGGCAGGGCGACCUCCCGACCGCGACGGCGUGCAUGGACCAGCACCUUCAGCUCAUUCAGAGCGUCCAAGAUCGGAGUGCCGAAGUGAAUGCGUGGAUGCAGCUCGGGUUCCUUGCCACUCGCGAUGGCGCCCAUGACAAAGCUGUACGGUACUUUGACCAGGCCUACCGCCUAGCCCAAGACCUGAACGAGAUCGGGAUCAUGAAGCAAGCGAGUUGCUACCUCGGCAUUGCAAGAGGGUGUCUUCAUGCUCCGACGUUCUUUCGCAACGUCAUGCAGACCAUGUCGCAGGUGCACUCGGGUAUCUAG